UCAGGGGGAUAAAUACCCUGCAAAUCCUUCCCAGCUUCCCGGUUGAGAGAAGAGGACCAUGAAAUUCAUUUUGUUCGUAGCCUUCUUGGGAGUGGCGGUCGCCUUCCCCAUCGAUGACGACGACGACGACAAGAUUGUGGGAGGUUACACCUGCCAGAAGCAUUCCGUCCCCUACCAAGUUUCCUUGAACUCUGGAUACCACUUCUGUGGUGGAUCCCUCAUCAAUAACCAAUGGGUUGUGUCAGCUGCUCACUGCUAUAAAUCACGUAUCCAAGUGAGACUCGGGGAGCACAGCCUGAGCUACAACGAUGGCUCCGAGCAGUACAUCAACUCGGCCAAAGUCAUCCGUCACCCCAACUACAACUCCCGGCUGUUGGACAACGACAUCAUGCUGAUCAAGCUGUCCACACCAGCCACCCUCAACUCUCGCGUCAGCUCGAUCUCCCUGCCUACCAGCUGUGUGAGCACUGGGACGCAGUGCCUGAUCUCUGGCUGGGGAAGCAAUGGCGUCAGCAACCCUGACGCCCUGCAGUGCCUGAACGCUCCUGUCCUGUCCUCCAGUCAGUGCAGUAACGCGUACCCAGGACAAAUCACCAAUAAUAUGAUUUGUGUGGGAUUCCUGGAAGGUGGCAAGGACUCGUGCCAGGGAGACUCCGGAGGUCCUGUGGUCUGCAACGGGAAGCUCCAGGGAAUUGUCUCCUGGGGUAUUGGAUGCGCUCAGAAAGGCUACCCUGGAGUCUACACCAAAGUAUGCAACUACGUCUCGUGGAUCCAGAACACGAUCUCAGCCAACUAAGACCAGAUCAAAGCUUCCUGCUGAAAAUUUUUCUCUUCCUCUCUCGCCACCCUUGGAUCAGGCAUUCCAAACAAUUCAAAACUCAGGGACGGAGAAUGCAGGAAUAAAAAUCACAAUUAGUACUGCAA